ACCAACAGUGAAAUUUUCGAUGGGAAAGUAAAGUAUAAAAAUAAAAUUCAGAUAUGAUAGAGGUUCAUUGUUUUAUUCCGAAUGCACAUGCGUUUCGAAGUAUAAAGCUAUAGGUAUUAUACUGUUUCGCUAUAAAAAUGGGCACAGUACCGAUAGAGGCAGUUCGAAUGCAAAUAAUUACAUUAAUUCCAGUUUACAUGAACGUAUUCAUGAUGGGUUGUGCUGAUGGAUGGCUUCCAAACGCGAUGUAUUUCUUCCCAACUUCUGCAGACAAUGCGCACGAGACGUCUUCUUCAUCGUCAUCAGCCCUGAUUCCAGUCUUCAGCGAUCUGGGGAAAAUCGUAUUCGCGAUACCUGCAGGAAUUCUCGUUGAUAAAUAUGGAAGAAAAAAGAUAACAUUAUGCGUUACAUUUUCAACAUUUUUCACAUGGUUGGGGCUUUCACUGAAUACAUCUUUAAUCGCUAUUUAUAUAGGAAGAUUCAUCUUGGGAUUAGCAGAAACGAUGACAUCAGCAACAUCGCUCAUCUGGAUCGGCGAGGUGGCAUCACCCGAAGUUCGUGGAACGUUGACUAGUUUAGGUUUGAUUUUCAUCAAUACCGGAUUGAUUCUGCCUUCCAUCAUGAGCGUAAUAUUUGGAUCGUACAAAUCACUCACGUGGAGUAUAACAUUUUUCUCAUUCAUGAGCCUCGCGUCAAUCAUUUGGCUGGUAGAAACUCCAAAUUACUUGGUCAGCGUAUCAAAACUGAAACAAGCCAUAGCUAUUUUACAACAGAUCAGAAAAGGCCAUAAAGAGAACGAGAUCACCGAAGAAUUCGAAAAACUUAAAAGAUACAUCGAAGAUGAAAAAAAUCGACGUAAUCAGCUCACGUGGCUAAAAUUUCUCAAAUCGAAGGCGAUCAUGAAACCUUUAUUGACCGGUAUUUUAUUAAACGUGUUCACCGUAUUAACAGGUAGUGUUUUGAUAAGGGUUUACAUCACUGCCAUACUCCCAUCCAACGAAUUAGUGUCGAAGAAAUACUACCCUUUGAUUAUUCAAAUUUGCUUACUUUUUAUCGCCUUCAAUACGACGUUUUAUAUCGAUAAAUUCCCUCGGAGAACUAUUUUCCUAUACGGGGCUGCAGCUAUGUCGAUAAUUAAUACAAUUUGUGCGCUGGCAAGUUACAUCGUAGCUGGACAUCAAAAUAACAGCAACGUUUUCAAAUGGAUUUUCAUAUUCGGGAAUAUGGCAUCUGUAUUAUGCUACGCAGCUGUAAUACAGCCCAUAAAUAGCGCGCUCAAAGCCGAACUGUAUCCUCAGGCGAUGAAAGGAUUUUGCGGAUCACUUGCCAUCAUCAGUCAGGCGUUAUCUUUUAUAAUGGCAUUCCAGCUGUAUAAUUUUGUGAAAGAUUUUUUCCAACUUUCCGUCAUGUAUGUGAUAUUUUCACUGAAUUCGUUGGUUUUAUACGCGAUAGUGUACUUUCUGUCACCGGAAGGUAGAGGAACGUCGCUGGCGGAUCUGCAAAUGAAAUUCAAAGAAGAAGACGCACCAUGUGAUGGUAUCAGUGUAGAGAGAAAAUAACGCGACGAAUUAUUACCUUAAAGAUGUAAGUACGAAGGUACCUACCUAACCUAGUAAUGAGUCUCGGAGAUUACAAAAAUUAUUAUUAUGCAGUACCUAAAUACACAUUUAUUACGAUUGA